CAAGAAAUGAAAGUGAAAGCAAUACAAAAGAAAGUCUUGACUGAUGUGUAAAGACGAAUGAAACUUCCACUCUAUAUUUUCAACUAAAAUGUCAUUACGUGGGUUUGGCAAUAGUUAUCUGGAAUAUGAGGAGGAGGAGGAGGAGGAGGAAGAGAACUAUGAACAGAGCACAUCUAGUCAAUCUGCCUCAGCCAGGGGGAGCCACUUUGAGUGGCAGCUGUAUAUAAGGACAGAAUGGCUUAGUAUUGGCAAUGACCAUGUGAUCGAGACCCACUACUGCCAGCCUGGGGCCAAAGGAAUGAACAUCUACCCAUCACACAUGGGGCAGGUCUAUAUAGAUUUUGAUCAGAUUGAGGCUCAAAAUGCUGCCAUGGGUGUACGGCGACUCACGUUCCUACCUCAGGGUCAAAGUGAAGACAUCGGGUGGUAUUUCAAAAGACAUUCUGAUAUGGCGUGAAUACGGUUCUUUGGGUCCAGGUCAGGGCUCGUCCUCAGUCAGUAGUGGUGAUGUGGCGACAGUACAUCCUCAGACCUCAGGGGACCUUCCACUUCACUGUGGGAGCAACAGCUACACGUUAGACUUCACAGCUAUGACACAGACCAAUUCAGCCACCCGGGUACAGAGAAACGUCCGCGGCGUCCAAAGUUCAACCAUCGUCUCAGGGAAUGGCAGCUUAUCCAUUGCCCAAUCAGCCCCCACCGUAAUUGCCUCACCACCGCCCUCUGCUGGCUACACCUGGGAAUUCAUGGGCGAGGAGGGAGUGUGGAUAGAAUACCAGACUCCAGGUUGCUCACUGGAGAGUGCUGGGAUUGAGAGACGCUACCAGAAGAACCCUAAGGGACAGAUACGCUUCAAAGCUGGGAGAUAUUCCUACACCCUCGACUUCUCAGGCAUGUGUCAGACCAACGUUCGCAUCGGGACCAAAAGAAUUGUGAGGAGAACUCAAUGUGAAGCUCAACAAACAAGCAGUGGAGGAAUGGGUUUACAGUCCCGUUGGCAGUUUCAAGACGUGGACGGAAGCUGGAAAGACUUCGCCAAAAGAAGCGGCACUUGCAGUGUAUCCAGCCAGGACAUUGAAGCCCAGUACCAGCAGAACCCAAAUGGAACUAUGAACUUCACUACCAGGAGAUUCAGCUAUCAACUGAACUUCUCAGCCCUGACCCAAAGAAACCUGUCCACUCAGACCACCCGAUCUGUUCGACGCCUGAACUAAUCACUGCCCACGACACUGUCCUCUGUCAGGGGCGAAGUGCAAUACCCUGGCAGUGGAGGCUGGUGGGAGGAGCUAUAGGAGGACAGGCUCAUUGUAAUGGCUGGAAUGGAAUAAAUGGAACAGUA